GUCUUGUUGGUCGGAAAAUUUUAAAAUAAUAACAUGAUUACAAUUGGGUUCAGUGGGGCCUGUCUGGGAACAAAGAAGGUUGAGAAGAAACCCGACUUUCGCGGGUGUAUACACUGAACUUAAGAGUUUUUAUCCUCUACAUUAACCCCCACCGUAAGCCUCCGUCAUCUUCCCAUAAGAACUUUCACAGUUUCCCCUUCUCUCUCUCAUAUCUCAAAAAAAGUUUGAAUCUUUCUGUCAACUCUCUUCUCCUUUUUGCCCUAUUCUUCUAGGGUUCUUCUCCGUUUCAUGAAUCUCAGCCUUCUUCUUCCUCAAUUCAACACCGUCUCUGCUCUGUUUAUCGUCUUCUUCGUCUUCUUUCAAACGGUCUUCCAAUCAUGUCUGGGAUCUUCAGCUUUAGUGGUGAUGAAGAUUUUUUCAGUGGAGGAACGAUGCAUCUAUCACCAGGGAGCUGUCCUGGUGUGUACCUCCCACCGCGCAAGAGACUACGCGUCGCUGCAGCACCCUCUCUUUACAGCGGGUUUGAGCAAAAGCAAACUUCUAUCGAAGUAUUACCUGAUGAGUGCUUAUUCGAGAUCCUUAGACGUUUGCCUUACGGCAAAGAAAGAAGCGCAUGCGCUUGUGUCUCCAAGCAUUGGCUUAACCUUCUGAGUAGUAUCAAAGUGAACGAGUCUGUUCAAGAAGUGGAGAGUGAAGGGUUUCUGUCAAGGAGUUUGGAAGGUAAUAAAGCUACGGAUCUGAGGUUAGCAGCUAUCUCUGUUGGAACAUCAUCCCGUGGAGGUUUGGGAAAGCUUCAGAUCCGUGGGAGUGGUUUCGAGAGUAAAGUUACAGACGCUGGUCUCGGAUCGAUUGCACACGGUUGUCCAUCUCUCAAGGUUCUGUCUCUUUGGAAUCUUCCUGCGGUUAGUGAUAAAGGUCUGUCUGAGAUCGCACGGUCUUGCCCUAUGAUCGAAAAGCUUGAUCUCUCGCGUUGUCCUGGAGUAACCGACAAGGGUUUGGUUGCAGUCUCCGAGAGCUGCAAGAAUCUAAGCGAUCUGACGAUUGACUCCUGCUCUGGUGUUGGCAACGAGGGUCUAAGAGCUGUUGCGAGACGCUGUACUAAUCUUAGAUCUAUCUCUUUAAGGAGCUGCCCUCGCAUUGGAGAUCAAGGAGUUGCUUUCCUCUUGGCUCAAGCUGGUUCUUACUUGACUAAAGUGAAGCUCCAGAUGCUGAACGUUACGGGUUUGUCUCUUGCUGUUCUUGGACACUACGGAGCAGGGGUUACUGAUCUUGUGCUUCAUGGGCUUCAAGGAGUGAAUGAGAAAGGCUUCUGGGUCAUGGGGAAUGCAAAAGGGAUGAAGAAGCUGAAGUCUGUUUCAGUAACGUCGUGUAGAGGGAUGACUGAUGUUGGGCUUGAAGCUGUUGGAAGUGGUUGUACCGAUCUGAAGCAUGUCUCUCUGAGCAAAUGCUUGCUUGUUUCCGGCAAAGGGCUUGUCUCUUUGGCGAAAUCUGCGUUGUUGUUAGAGAGUUUGAAGCUUGAGGAGUGCCACAGGAUCAACCACUUCGGUUCUUUAGGUUUCCUCGUGAACUGCGGCUCGAAGUUGAAGGCUUUCUCUUUGGUUAACUGUCUUGGCAUCCAGGACUUCAACUCGGAAUCACAUCUGAGUUCAACCAGCUGCAGCUCUAUACGGUCUUUAACAGUCCGUUGCUGUCCUGGUUUUGGAGAUGCGAGUCUCUCUUUCUUAGGGAAGGUCUGCCAUCAGCUUCAGGACGUUGAGCUUUGUGGAUUGAAUGGAGUGACUGACGCUGGUGUCCACUCUUUGCUUCAGAGCUGCAACAGUGUUGGUCUAGUGAAGGUGAACUUAAGCGGAUGUGUCAAUGUCACAGACAACACAGUCUCGGCGUUAUCCUUCCGCCACGGAAGCACAUUGGAGUCUCUCAACCUCGAUGGGUGCAAGAACAUCACUGACGCAAGCGUUAUCACAGUAGCCAAGAACUGCUACUCGGUGAAUGACCUAGACGUGUCAAACACUUUGGUCUCUGAUCAUGGGAUCAAGGCUUUGGCGUCUUCUCCAAACCACUUGAAUCUUCAGGUUCUUUCCGUCGGUGGAUGCUCAGGGAUCACGGAUAAAAGCAAGGCGUGUAUACAGAAACUCGGCCGCACGCUUAUGGGAUUGAACAUCCGAAGGUGUGGUAGGAUCAGCAGCAGCACUGUGGAUACUCUUCUGGAACAGUUAUGGAGGUGUGAUAUACUUUACUAGAUACCUUUCUCUGCAAGUAGUUUUCUAGGGUUCUUCUGGUCGCUAAAAUCCCAUAGAUUUCACCUAGAACUUAAGUUUCAUUUCCCAGGACGCAGCAGCUGUUUUUUUUUGUUUUGCAAAUCUUUUUGGCAGGUUCUUGAGCCUGUUUUCCACAGCUGUUGUGUUCCUGAGAAUCUUGUUACUGAGUUCUUGUAAUCUAGUUAGGGUUUAAGCCUUGGAAUUGUUGUUGUUGUUGUAUCUCUAUGUUCUUGUGGGAGUCCUUGUUCACUGGUUUAGGUGUGUGAUAUAGUGCCUUUAUCUUUCCCUAUGUAGAGCUUUUGGCAACGGCGGUGUAUCUUCUUAGUCGCCAUUACAUCUCUUAGGAGUUGUUUUUUUUUGUGUUCUGCCAAAAGCUCUGUUUUUCCACGUUUGUUUUUGUUUUAAGGCACUAUCUGUACUACUUGAUCAUUGUAUAAGCUUUCACUGAACAUGCUAUCCUUUGUAAUAACAUGAUCUUCAGAUCAUUUUAUUGUGA